CCACCCGACGAGUUUCCAUCGGCCCUGCCUUUUUUCCGCGGCCCUCCAGACGGCACACCAUAAAUUCCCCCCAACAUGAUUGCACUUGUGAGGUUGUGAAUAUACCUGGGGGAAAAAGUCUAAGGGAAGUGAAGUGAUUUAUUUUACUUUAUUUUAGUUAUUUUUUUUUUUCUUUUUCGUUGUUAUUCUGGCUGAUCUGAGUCACUGGUAUCACCAACUCCAGGGAGAAUCAACCUCUGGAGCACAAGUGGAGAUCACAUUUUUUUUACGAAUCAUUGUAGAGGAUUAUCAUUUGACAUCAAAGCAGCAGCCCUGGCCUGCCACAAUCCCUUCGACUCCGUCAUCUGCUGUGGCGUUGGAGGUGGCGGGUCCACGGCACCUCAGGCCACUCAUUACCUGGGUACAGGGGCUGUCCUCGGCGGAACCUCCGGGAGGAACGCCGUCAUGCAGGACAAAGAGAUGGAAACCAUCCUGGUGCAAAUGCGCGAGACGGAGGCUCGCAGGGGAGAAUUGGAGCGUCAGCACGCCGAAGCACAGAACCAGCUGCGGGAUAAGAUAGCAGGUAGAUACCAGGGGCCUGAAUCCGUGGAGGCACUCCAGUCAAAAAUACGAGAGCUGGAGAAGAAGAAAGAAUUACAGAUUGUGAAGCACGAGGAGUUGUCCCUGGAGUUGACGGACGUCAGACGAGCGAGAAGUCGUAUCCCAGGAAGUGCAUCGCACACAUCGAGUAUCACUGGGACAACCUGGCCACCAGCUGGAUCAGAGAUUGACAGGAUCAUAGCUAAGAUCGAGCAGGACAGCAGUGGCAGGAUUCUCCACGAGCUGGAGGCGAGAGGUACGGUGACGACACAGCAGCCGUCAGCGACGGGUAUCCUCAGGUCCAGUGCCGAGAACCUAUCAAACUUGGCCCAUCAACAUCCACCACAUCCUCACGCCUUGAACCUAGGAAUGACCUCUCAAUCCUCCCACUACGCAGGCUCGCCGAUGCCCCUGACACCCCUGAUGCCGGGUUGUCCACCAUUAACACCAAAUGGACCACCAUAUCACUACAACGAGCCAAUCCCACCGGCCCCGUCAUUGUCAACGAGCCAAUCUCAGCCAGCCUUUCAGCAGAAGCUCCAGCAGUAUCAGCAGCAACACUCCCAUGGACAUCAACCACACGGUGAAUUAUCCAGCUCUCAUUCACAGGGUGCACUACCCUCUCAGAGCCAGUCACAACAGAAACAAACGCACAGCCACUUCACUGGCAAUCAGUACCAGGAGAGUUAUCCACAUACGCAAACGUAUCAACAACCACUGCAGCCUGCAACAGCAACGCAGGCACAACAAUUGCCUUCGUCUAGCUCGUAUCUCGGUUCAACAAGUCAAACUGUCAUUCCUCAUUACAGCCAAACGGCACAGGCUGGACAGAAUUAUCAACUCAAUGGCAGCCAGAGUACGAAUUAUCAAAAUUUAUCACUGACGUCUCAUCCAAAUGGUACAUUCACAUCUGGAGUCAGUAGUUAUGCUACCGCUCAUCAACUGGGUCAGCACAACUACACGGUGACCCAGACGAAUUUACCACAAACUACUCUGGCGACGUUGACGCCGUAUUCAUCAUCAUCGUACCAUCCGGCACUUGCUGUGUUCACCAGUACUCCCCAGCCUAUGCUUCCUUAUUCGAGUGUACAAAGCACAUUUUCCACGACUCCAUCGACGUAUUCAACAGUGGGGACCAAUGCUUUUGGCACAUCUGGCGUCAGUUCAGGUUCAUCAUCAAGCGGUCUCCUCCAAGCGAUAGGUGACCCCCUCCAGGCAAUGCAACAGCUGUCAGCCCAAUCACAGGCCAAUCAGCUCCACCAGCAGGCGAUAAUCCAUCAGAUUCAACAGAGUCUGCGAGCAAGCUCCCCAACAGCGACACCAACUCCAGGUCAUCACUUCCUGGGUCCCAGGCAAAUGCCAAAGGUACCCACAGGCAUUCUGACUAAUCCUCUGGAUCGUCUCACCAACGAGACAAUACUGCCAGAGGGCCAGGUCGACAUGCUGGACAUUCCAGGAAAGGGGAGGUGCUACGUUUACAUCGCGAGAUUCAGUUACGAGCCCUUUCAGCACUCCCCCAAUGAAAAUCCCGAGGCUGAGCUGCCGGUACAGGGAGGUGAUUAUCUCCUGGUGUGGGGACAACCCGAUGAGGACGGAAUCCUUGAUGCUGAGACCCUCGACGGACGUAGGGGACUCGUUCCAGCUAAUUUCGUGCAGAAACUCGUCGGCGAUGAUCUCCUCGAGUUUCAUCAGGCUGUCCUAGGCCUCAGGGACGUCGACGAUGCCGCCUCCACGAAUAUCCCUCAAUGCUACCUCCAGGAUAUCGAUCUGGAGUUGGCAGCACUCGAGGAGGGCAACAGAAAUCGUCACACUGAAUUAUCCGCCUACGCAGAGCUGGACAACAUCGCGGAUGAGGACGAACAGGAGCCACCAGUACCGGCGCCCCAGCAUCUCACCCUCGAGCGACAACUCAACAAGAGUGUUCUUAUCAACUGGACAGCACCAGAUAAUUCCCACCAGCUCGAGUCUUAUCACGUCUACGUUGAUGGGGUGCUGAAGGUGACGGUUAAAGCUACUGAAAGAACACGAGCCCUUGUGGAAGGAGUUGACUCAACUCGGCCUCACAGAAUAAGUGUUCGUUCAGUAACUCAUUCGCGACGAACAUCUCGUGAUGCUGCUUGUACAAUGGUGAUCGGUAAGGACGUUGCAAUAGGUCCAACAGCAGUUAAAGCAUCGCAUGUAACAGCAACGAGUGCAGUUAUCUCGUGGCUACCCAGUAACAGCAAUCACCAGCACGUUGUGUGCGUUAACAAUGUUGAAGUUAGGACAGUUAAACCAGGCGUUUAUCGUCACACUAUAACUGGCCUCUCACCAUCAACGAUUUAUCGUGUCACUGUUAAAGCCAAGAAUCUACGAGCAACACACUUCGAGGACCAAAGCACCCAGUCCAACAAUAAUCUUGCCUGCCACGUACAUUUCAAGACCCUCCAAAAGGGCCUGCCGGAUCCACCCGUCGAUAUCCAGGUGGAGGCUGGACCGCAGGACGGCACUUUGCUAGUGACCUGGCAGCCUGUUGCCCUAAACGGUUCGGCCGUCACCGGUUAUGCGGUUUACGCGGAUGGCAAGAAGGUCACUGACGUUGACAGUCCAACUGGUGAUCAUGCACUUGUUGAUAUUCACAAAUUGAUGGGAUUGAAUCCAAAAGCUAUAACUGUGAGAACUAAGAGUCGUGAGAGCCAGUCAGGUGACAGCUGUGCAACAGCAAUACCCUGCAAUGUGCUGAGAGGUGGUGCUAUGGUGCAUGGAGGUCACAUGGAUCAAGGACAGAUGCAGCAGGGAAUGAUGCAGGAUCAUCACAGAAUGCAGACGGGACAGAGGUAUCCCGGUGCACCGAUGCCAUCGCACAUGAGAAGACAUGGACCACCCAGGGUUGAUGCCCAUGGACAAAUUAUUAUUGAGACUGAUGAGAACUUGUCUGAUAAGGAGAUAUAUCCGGGCCAGAGUUUAUCGCAAAUGGGGAUUCCAGAAAUCACGAAAGACUCGGCUAGUGAAGGAAAUUAUAGUGAAGAGGAUGAUCCAACGAGGAGAAGAGGAAUGAGUCAGCACCAUUCGAGUCAUCACAGGUAUGGGCCCCAGUCUGGACGACCUCAAGGGCCUCACAUGCCUGGACGGAUGGUGGGGCCCAGGGGACAGGAGCCUUAUUACGGCCCAGAUCAGCAAGGAGCUCAAAGGGGGAGAGGACCGACGUUCAGGGGUGGGAGGAAUCAGGGCCCCGGCAAUCCUCAUCAUCCUGGGCCCCAACAAAUGAACAAGAGGGUCAGGUGGUUUAUCGCGCUCUUUGAUUACGAUCCAACGACAAUGUCACCCAAUCCUGACGCUUGUGACAUCGAAUUGCCCUUCUCCGAGGGCGAUACCAUCAAGGUCUGGGGGGAGAAGGACGACGACGGAUUCUACUGGGGUGAAUGUCGGAGUAGACAGGGGUAUGUACCUCACAAUAUGGUUGAGGAAGUGAAGAAUCCACCGGCUGGGCCUCAGGGCCAGGCCCAGGGACAGGGCAGGAGGGGCCAGGGUGACAGGUGGGGGGAUAUCUAUACCAACAUGCCCGUCAAGAAGAUGAUCGCUCUGUACGAUUACGAUCCCCAGGUCGUUUCCCCGAAUGUCGACGCUGAGGCUGUGGAGCUGCGUUUCCAAACGGGAAACGAAAUCUACAUUUACGGUGACAUGGACGACGAUGGCUUCUACAUGGGUGAAUUAGACGGUGUACGGGGCCUAGUACCAAGUAAUUUCGUGACAGAAGCAGGCCCAAGUAAAGGUCAGCAAACGAAGCCAGGAUGGAAGCCACCAGGGGGAGGCCAGGGUCCGGGUGCACGAGGCCCACCCCCGCCACCACGAGAACCCCCGACUCCAGGGCACCGCCGCAACAAAGAUGCCUGCAUUGUGCCUGUGUCUGUCCCUGUCUGUCACUUAGACUCUAGACAACAACAACCACAACAACAAAACCAACUACAACAAAACAAUCCACCGCAUCUAGCCUACCAACAAGCGAAUCACCACAGCUACACCACUGUUACAACGUCUAAUCAGCACGGUGGUCCAGGUACAGGUGUCAUGGGUUCACACAGUGCCCAUCAGCAGGCCAGUGGACCACCCCACCUCCAGCAGCAGGGGAGGGGGAGAGGCGUGGGCAAUCGGGGCGCUGGUAGUAACAUGUCGGGUGGCCUCCAGGGUGGCCUCCAGGGUGGUCCCCAGCAGUUCCAGAAUCCCCAGGACUAUCAGCAGGGCAUGGGCCAGCAAAAUCAACAGCACCCGCAGCAGAAUAUCCAGGGCUAUCAGCAGGGCAUGGGGUACCAGCAGCAGCCACAGGGAUACCAGCAGAAUUUUCAACAGCAGCAGCAGCAGGGACAGUAUGGACCCCAGCAGGGAGGACAGGGGCCACAAACGAGUAAACAAAUGAGGGGUAUACCAGCGGUUAUUCCAACAGCUCAAAAACCACCGGAUCAGAGCCAACAGCAGCAGCAGCAGCCGCCAAGCGCUGGGCCAAAUCUAAUGCAGAAAUUUACGGAAAUGGCGGGGGCAAGUGCUGGUGGGGAUAUUCUCUCCAAAGGUAAAGAGCUCAUAUUUAUGAAAUUUGGCCUGGGCAAGUGAGCCAAUGCUUCAGCCAUUGUUUUAAUGGUCUUAAGACUGGGUAUCAGCACGGUCUCGUGACAAAUAAUUCAUUCAUCGAACGUGUUACUCAUCAUGUUAUGUUCACGUUUUUAUACUUUAUCGGGGUUUUUUUUUUUUUCGUUCAGUCGGUUUGUCGGGGAAAUAAUUCAGUGAAUAUUGCGUAAGUUAUAUGUAAUCGAUUAAAGCUGCUGUUGCUCUUGCUGCCGCCUCGAUUAAGAUGUAAUCAAUUGACGUUUUGGGGAUGGGGAAUGGAGACAUCGUCGAGGAGUGAGAAUACUUGAGAAUUAAGGAAAUCGGGUUUGAUGGGAAUCAUGGUCAAAUUAAAUUUCUGUUUCAGGCAUUUUUUAUUUCGAUGCGUUGAUCAAAUUAUCUGUAUGAUUGAUUAGUGAUUGAUUAGUCGCUUUGAGGGGUGGAAAUGCUAGUUUAUUUGAAGGAUUGCGGUGUUAUUUACUCGAUUUUUGUACUGGGAUUAUCCAUCGAAAUCGAUUUCACUGUCAGGCACUCUUAAUUCCCCGGGAUACGACACUCGGUUAUUCUCUCGGCCUGCGUGUAAUCUGAGGAUCAAUCUAGCCACCGAGGAGACGAUGUUGAGUGAAAUGCUCAAGGUCGAGAGACCACAAGGUAGCACGUGGAGAGUUGCUCCAUUUUUUAUUUUUCUCGAAUGAUCCCCUGAAAUCCCCGGAGUAUAAAUUAUUAUUUAUAAGUGAUUACCCUGAAUCAUCCUGACUGAUAGAUGAAUGGAAUAAAUAAAUUAAAAAUUCAUCUCCUGAAAAAUU